AUGCAAGCACUACUAGUCAAGGAUGCGAUGAAGGCCACACUCAACGCGAAGAUCGUCGUGGAGCUGAUUGUUGAGCUAUACACGUCGACAAGAAAUGAGACUACCGGAGAUAAGUUUGUGGGGUUGCGAGUCUACCUUGUGGACAAGGCGUGGCAAUUUAAGUCUGUAUUGUUGGGGACAAUAAAGUUCAACCCAGCGUACGGUGAUCGAGAAGGCGGUAUUUUGGGGCCGUUUAAAGCAUGGCUGGAGCACAUGUUUAAGGAUUUUGGCCUGAAGAAAUGCAUUUUUUUCGGCGUCACUAUCGCGGGACGUAAAGGCGAUGCUGCGCACGGAGUUAGACUUGCACUGGGAGUGGUGCUGCGCCCACAUGGCUCAUGCGGCUACGAAAGCAUCGUGUGGUGUGAAUGGUACAGCGAGCGCUGA